AUGGGCGACGGCCGGUGGGAGGAGAAGAGGGCGCCGAUGCGCAACGUGUUCGUGAUCGCGGCGAUCCUGCUGGAGCGCCACCUGCAGAACGUAGCCAACUACCUGAUCCUGUCGCUGGCCGUGGCCGACCUGCUGGUGGCCUGCCUCGUGAUGCCGCUGGGCGCCGUCUACGAGGUGAGCAGCCAGUGGACGCUGGGCCCCGAGCUCUGCGACAUGUGGACCGCCUCCGACGUGCUCUGCUGCACCGCCUCCAUCUUGCACCUGGUCGCCAUCGCGCUCGACAGGUACUGGGCGGUGACGAACAUCGACUACAUCCACCAGCGGACGGCGCGCCGCAUCGGGCUGAUGAUCUUGGCGGUGUGGGCGGUGGCCUUCCUGGUGUGCAUCGCGCCGAUGCUGGGCUGGAAGGACCCCGACUGGGAGGCGCGCGUCUCCAGGGACCGGCAGUGCCUGGUGAGCCAGGACCCCGGCUACCAGAUCUUCGCCACCGCCUCCUCGUUCUACGUGCCUCUCGCCGUCAUACUCGUGCUCUACUGGCGCAUCUUCCAGACGGCGCGCAAGCGCAUCCGGCGGCGGGUGACGGCGUCUGCGGGGGGCGGAGCGGCGGCGCGCAACCCGGCGGCGGGCGGCGUGGUGGCGGGCGCGGCGGGCACCUCGGGAGGGCUGGCCGCCGCCGUCGUCACCGUCAUCGGCCGGCCGCUGCCCACCAUCUCCGAGACGACGACCGCUUUCACCACCGUCUCCUCCAACAACAGCAGCCCCGAGAAGGGCUCCGUCGCCAACGGGCUCGAGCCGGACGCGCCCACCGUCACCGACUGCGCCCUGCCGGCCGAGCCAAUCCACUACAAGGUGCGGCGCAAGCCCAAGGACUCGGCUGACUCGAAGCGCGAGCGCAAGGCGGCCAAGACGCUGGCCAUCAUCACGGGCGCCUUCGUGGCCUGCUGGGCGCCCUUCUUCACGGUGGCGCUGGUGCUGCCGCUGUGCGCAGCCUGCGUCGUCUCGCCGCACCUCAUGGCCGUCACCCUCUGGCUGGGCUACUUCAACUCGACGCUGAACCCCGUCAUCUACACCGUGUUCAGCCCCGAGUUCCGGCACGCCUUCAAGCGGCUGCUGUGCGGCCGGCGGGCCACGGACCUGCGCCGGCGCAACCGACAGCUGGGCGUUCGCUACCUGCAGUGA